AUGGCAGAUCCCACAAACACCCCAAUGCCCCCAAGCACCCCAAUCCCAUCCGGAACCCCCCGAUCCACCUCUCCAGCCCCUCCCCUCCCCGACCUCGCUGCCAACGGCCUCACCUCAUACUCCCACUCCUCCGCUCCCCUCGCGAAGCCCCGCGUCCUACACAUCGGCGACCCCGUCAAGUACAACUUCGAGACCUACGCCUCCUUUUCGACCGCUUGCGACAUCGUCCGCCCCUCGACCCCCGAGCGCGCGAGACCCGAGUUCGUCAAGGCCCUCAAGGAGGAGAGGUGGGGACGCUUCGAUGCCAUCUUUCGUCCGUUUUGGGGCACCGGCGGCGAGAUGGGACAGUGGGAUGCCGAGCUUAUCGGGUUGCUUCCGGAGAGUGUGAAGGUGUUUGCGAGUGCUGGGGCGGGGUUCGAUUGGGCUGAUACAAAGCUUCUGGGUAGCAGAGGCAUCAUAUACUGCAACUCUGGCCUCGCCGCCGCCGAAGCAGUCGCCGACUUUGGCGUCGCCAUGAUCAUCUCCACCUUCCGCCAUCUCCCCUGGUGCAUGACCGCCGCAACCUCCUCCUCCGGCCUAGCCUUCAAAGACUGCCACAUCCGCGCCACCGCCAUCUCUAGAAACCUCCGCGGCCACGUCCUCGGCAUCAUCGGGCUCGGAAACAUCGGCCAGCAGCUGGCAUCGCGCCUGCGCCACGGCUUCGGCAUGGAGAUCCACUACCACGACGUCGUGCGGAAACCGGUCUCUCUCGAACGGACUUUUGACGCUACCUUCCAUGAGACUCUGGAGUCGCUUGUUCGCGCGUCUGACUGCAUCGUGCUCUGUACGCCUUCGGGUCCUAAGGUCAUUACGAGGGAGAGCUUGGCUUGGUUCAAAAAGGGCGCUAGGUUCGUUAACGUUGCGAGGGGGAGCUUGGUUGAUGAGGAAGCGUUGGCCGACGCCCUUGAGGACGGGACGGUGAGCACUGUUGCGCUGGAUGUUCAUGCUGAGGAGCCGCAUGUGCACCCGAGGUUGCUCAAGUUUGCGGGGGAUAGGGCCAUGCUGACUUGUCAUAAUGCUGGGGGCACGGUGGAUACGCAUAGGGGGUUUGAGGAGUUGAGUAUGAGGAAUAUCAUGGCUGUUUUGGCAGGAGGCGAGGCUAUUACUCCGGUGAAUAUGCACUCCCUCGAUCGUAUCCAAAUAAACCACCUCCUCCGACCGUCCGCAAUCCGAGACGAAAUCCAAACCAUGUUGACCCCACUACCAGUCCGAAGCUCUGCUAUAGCUGAUCCUCCCCAGAGCUCUCUCCCCGACCGCCUCGCCGAAGUCCUCCCCAAAGGCUACAACUUCGGCAUCUACCACCUCUCCACUCCCCCCACAAAGACCGAUCCCCUCUGCCACGCCCCUCCCAAAGACCGCGCCGACAAGACCUUCGUCGAGAACCAUUUCCUCGCCCUCUCCAUCGACGUCGCCAAGCCCCGGACCAAGCCUCACACUCCAAACUCCGAGCCCGCCAAUGGCACCAAGUUGGAAACGCAAAAGGUGCUAGUCUUUGCUCUCGAAAUAUUCAUCUUCACCACCGCCCACUCGAGCACGUUUUUCGUCUCCAAGGCCGAUUCGACGGGAUACCUGCACCUACUCGACCUCCCCAAGGGCGCGCCGUCCCUGAUCCGAGAUGUAUCUACGACUUUUGUCUCCUACCUCGUCGAGAACCGCCGUCGCAAGGACUUACAAUGCGUCGUUAGCCUGUUCGCCCGCGCUCAGUCGCAAUAUCUAUUUCCCGGUAGCGUCGACAACAAAGGCAAGCACGUGCUGGACGAUCGCGGUCUCGUUCGAUGGUGGUGUCGCACAAUGAAUCCUCUAGUCGAGAAGCCACCGUCCGGCGGAAACAACAAUGCCCCGUGGAAACGCGUCAAAGCCUACCUUGUCGUGCCGGGUCUAGAUAAGUACGAGACAAAAGCGCUCCUGCCGCGUGGUUUGCACUCUGUGGCGGAGAAUUGGGAGCUGGGACAUCCGCUGGAGCUCAUCUCCCACUACUGCCGUGAAUAUGACUACGUGCCGCCUCGGUGUCUGAUACCGGGAUUCCCCGACGAUCCCAAGGCGCGGUUCAGAGACGAGCUGGACGAGGAGGCGUCAAAGUCGGCGAUCCUCCAGGUCGGAGGGUCGUGGAAGAGCGUGAAGAGCCUGGACCAGUUUUGGGAGACCAUGGCCUUUCGGCAGGAAUGCUCGAGCGGUAGGAUGACGGGCUUCUUGUGGAUUGUGUUUGAUGCUGUGGAUUAUAAGGCUCCCGCGGGCACCGUGGCUGCUGGCGCUCAAGAUGCGUCGCAGCAGAGCGGGCGUCCUUCUACGCCUCCUCAGGAGGGAAAGCAGCUGGCGACACCGUUCUCCACGCCUCGGAAGGUCGCCCUCUCGCCCACCAAGCGGGAGAACGAUAUCAGCUCGCCCACGAAGAUUACCUCUACUACUACCUCUACCGCCGAUGAUAAGAACCCUAGGAAAAACACCGAGUCCAAGAAGAAGACGAAGAAAAAGUCGAAGCAUCUACGAGGCCCCAUCACCACCCGCCCACCGCGCAUAAAGACCCACCAGCGCAACCACCUCUCCGAGCGUACCCCCAUCGCCAGCGCCUACUACUACUGGCCACCCGAAGGCCGAGGCGAGCGGCUUUUUGACGAGAAGGGCUACAAGCGCGUCAUCGAGCUGCUGCUGCACCUCGACUUUUCGACGCUCGAACUCGCGGUUGGGAGCACGAGGCGGUGGGUCGGCGAGGUCGGUAUGGGUUCGAGCUGGGGCGUCGAUGUCACCGGCGAGAAGGAGGUUGUCGUCGCUGCGAGGCAAGGGGCUGGUGGUGGGACGGCAGUGGUGAAUAAUUUGGCGGGGUUGGUGAAGAGGAAGAGGGAGGUGGGGAGUGAGGAGGGGAAGGUGAAUGUGCUGGGUGGGGGCCUUACGGAUGACCUAGCGGAUGAUUGGAGUAUGGGGAUUUACAAAAUAAAGCAUUCCGCUUGCACCGAAAUGGCGUCAGGAGGCGCGCGAACGGUCUGUCGCGCCGCACGACGACUCGGCCUAGCCCCCAGCGCCACCCUACCCACCCGCAUCCUCCGACCCUCCACGACGCGAUGGCUAUCCUCGACGCCCGCCCAGCUGAACCAAACGACCAAGUUCGACGAGUUCGCGGCCCAGGCGGAGAAGGCAGCCGACGCGGCCACCGCUCCUCCCCCCUCAGCUAACAACGUGGAGGGAAAGCCGAGGUGGUCGUACACGCCGCCGGCGAUGAAGGCGCCCGUCUCGAUGCAGCGGCCGAAGAACCCAAAGAGGUCUGUGUGGAAGACGAACGAGGAUCCGGAGGUGCUGGAUCAGUUCUACGAGAGGUUUUUGGGACCGCAGGGGCCGGGGAUGUUGCCGGAUGAGUUGAAGUGGUUGGCGGUUACGCAUAAGAGUUUUGAUCAGGGGAGGAGAGGGUUUAAUGAUCGCUUGGCGUAUAUUGGCAAGCAAGCCAUUGUUCUCGAGGUUACAAAGAACAUCAUCUCGUCGCAGCCGCCACAGGCGCCCGCCGAUUCGUUUGGACGCCAGCCGUUCGAGCACCCGUCUCUGGCGGGCCUGGAGAACUUUGCCGUGAAGCAGCCUCAUGACGUUAUAUCACGGGAGGCCCUACACAAGCUUGGAAUGGAGGUUGGGCUGCUCAAGGUGUUACGGUGGAAGCCCAGACUGCCCGAGAAUCUUCCCGGAUCAGGCGUGCAGGUCGUUCUCAGCGGAGCCAUCCAUGCCGUCAUCGGAGCUAUACAAUUGCAGCACGGCGCCGAGGUAGCAUCUAGGGUUAUACAGGAGAAGCUGCUCAAGCGGCUGCCGAAUUAA